ACCCACUCGCUGCGGCUUCAACCCUUAUCGCCUCCCCACCGCCGCGUGCUCUCCCGCAUCUCCUCCGCCGACUCGUCUCCUCCCUAGGGUUUUGCUGCCGCCAUGGCGACGGCGUCGCGCGCGCUCCUCCUCUCCCGCGCGGCGCUCUCGCCGCUCCCCGCCGCGGCCGCAUCCCGCCGCCUCCCCACGCUCCUCCGCCCGCUAGCCGCGGCCGCGAGCCUCCUCCCGGCGUCGGUGGCGCCGUCGCCCGGUGCCGGGGUGCGGUGCUUCGCGACCCAGCCGGCGACGUCCUCGCUGCGGGAUUCGUCCCCCAACUGGAGCAACCGCCCGCCCAAGGAGACCAUCCUCCUCGACGGGUGCGACUUCGAGCACUGGCUCGUCGUCAUGGAGCCGCCCCCGGGCGAUGCCGGCAACCCCGACAUCACGCGCGACGAGAUCAUCGAUGGCUACAUCAAGACCCUCGCCCAGGUCGUCGGGAGUGAGGAAGAAGCUAGGCAAAAGAUAUAUUCGGUGUCAACGCGUCAUUACUUUGCUUUUGGUGCCCUUGUAUCUGAGGAACUUUCUUACAAACUAAAAGAGUUACCUAAGGUCCGCUGGGUUCUUCCUGAUUCAUACUUGGAUGUGAAAAAUAAGGACUAUGGAGGAGAACCAUUCAUAAAUGGGGAAGCAGUUCCUUAUGAUCCCAAAUACCACGAGGAGUGGGUCAGGAAUAAUGCUCGUGCCAAUGAAAGAUCUCGGCGCAAUGAUAGGCCCCGCAACUUCGACAGGUCAAGGAACUUUGAGAGGAGAAGGGACAACAUGCAGAACUUCCAGAACAGAGAUGUGCCUCCUGGGCAGGGUUACAAUGCCCCACCACCUCCACCUGGCCAAAACCAAAUGCCAUCCCGUGAUGGCCCUCCGCACCAUGCUCAGGGCCACAUGCCUCGGCCUCCACCACCACCUCAGGCAGGUGGUGGCCCGCCAAACUACCAGCAAGGUGGUACUCCUGGCUACCCACAGGCGGGCUAUACCCCUGGUAGUGCCCCUGGCUACCAGCAAGGUGGCGCUCCUGGCUACCAAGGCGGACCUCCUGGGUAUCAAGGCGGUAACCAAGGUUACCAAGGGAACCCAGGCCCAGCUUACCAAGGUGGCAACCCCAACGCACCUCCUCCAUACCAAGGUUAUGGCAACCCACCACCACCCCCCCCUUACCAGGGAGGCAACCCCAACGCACCUCCUCCAUACCAAGGUGGUGGCAAUCCUGGCUAUGGCGGUGGCGGCCCAGGCUACCCAGGCCAAGGAGGCAACUCGAACUACCAAUGAGCAUGACCACGUGUGUAUGCAGGCGCCCCCUGUUCCAGAGUACUCUUUUGGAAGAGAUGGUGUGCAGUAGUAUAAAUCAAACACUUGUUGCAGUAUGAUUUUCAUGUUUUGUCGUUGCUGUACUGUAUUCACCUAAUUAUUCCAUAAAACUCGAACUUGUGCUUGGGUGUCUUGAAAUCUGAAACUAUGGAAGAUAGUAUGUAAUAGCUGCUCUUUAUGCACUCGUUGCCCAUGUUUGCUGAACUAGGUAGUAAUUCUCAAUUGUUAUAGUAAGCUUAAUGUGCCUGCUUUGUGUGCCAA